GUUCUUCCUAGAGAGGACUACUGUGCUACCUGGAUACCAUUCUUGGAGAAAGCAAAGUUGGACUUCUCCAGAAGUGCGUUCAUCUGUUCAGUCUUCAAGUAAAACCACACAGGACACCGGCACACGCACACGCACGCGCCCGUGAGCAGCCGGCGGAAGCAGUGUGCUCCUAGCUCAGGACUUUGCACCGCGCUGUCUCUGGAGCAGCCGCAUCGUCACCUUACCCGGUUGGAAAUGCAAGGGCUCAGGCCUCAGUCCCGAACUACCGAGUCAGUGAAUCUGGGGGUGGGGUCUGGGAAUCUGUUUUUACAGCCCUCCAGGUGGCUAAUGAGCGAUCACGUGGGCGAGUCACUGGCCAGGGGUGACCCCUGCCGUCCCUGUCACCUGCAGCUGUGCCUCCGCCCUGCCAAGGGCCAGGGAGGCGGGUCAGCGGGGCCCCCCGGCGCUAACCUCCGGUCCCUGCUGCGCCGCCACCUCCGAGGGUGGGGCCGGACUAGCCCCGCCUCUCACACCUCCAGCGCGCAGGUGGCUGGUUGGGCAGGGCCUGGAAACAAAGUCAAGGAGCAACACCUUUGCAGAAAGUCCUCCCGCCAGGACUCCUACUCGCCAGUCGCAAGGAUCCUUUGGAGCCGCCACCAUGGGGAUGUCCAAGUCAUGGAGUUGCUUCGGAUAUCCGCUGAGCAUCUUCUUCAUCGUGGUCAACGAGUUCUGUGAGAGGUUCUCCUACUAUGGGAUGAGAGCACUCCUGGUUCUGUACUUCAGAAACUUCAUUGGCUGGGAUGACAACCUGUCCACGGCCAUCUACCACACGUUCGUGGCACUGUGCUACCUGACGCCGAUUCUCGGGGCCCUCAUCGCCGACUCAUGGCUGGGCAAGUUCAAGACGAUCGUGUCGCUAUCCAUUGUCUACACAAUUGGGCAAGUAGUCACGGCAAUAAGCUCCAUUAAUGACUUGACAGACCACAACCAUGACGGAACCCCUGACAACCUUCCUACACACGUGGCGCUGUCCAUGAUCGGCCUGGCCUUGAUUGCUCUCGGAACUGGGGGCAUCAAGCCCUGUGUGUCUGCCUUCGGUGGGGAUCAGUUUGAAGAGGGUCAGGAGAAGCAAAGAAACCGAUUUUUUUCCAUCUUUUAUUUGUCCAUUAAUGCUGGGAGUUUUCUUUCUACAAUCAUCACUCCUAUCCUCAGAGUUCAGCAAUGUGGCAUUCACAGUAAACAAGCCUGCUACCCACUGGCGUUCGGGGUUCCCGCUGCCCUCAUGGCUGUGUCGCUGAUUGUAUUUGUCAUCGGCAGUUCAAUGUACAAGAAGUUCAAGCCCCAGGGGAACAUCAUGGGCAAAGUGGCCAAGUGCAUUGGUUUUGCCCUCACAAAUAGAUUCAGGCACCGGAGUUCCAAGUUCCCUAAGAGGGAGCACUGGCUGGACUGGGCUAGAGAGAAGUAUGAUGAGCGGCUUAUCUCUCAAAUUAAGAUGGUUACAAGGGUGAUGUUCCUGUAUAUCCCGCUCCCGAUGUUCUGGGCCCUGUUUGAUCAGCAGGGCUCCAGGUGGACUCUGCAAGCGACAGCCAUGAAUGGAGACAUGGGAGCCUUUGAGAUUCAGCCAGAUCAGAUGCAGACUGCGAAUGCCAUCUUGAUCAUUGUCAUGGUCCCCGUCGUAGAUGCCGUGGUGUACCCUCUGAUUGCCAAAUGUGGCUUCAAUUUCACCUCCUUGAAGAAGAUGACAGUCGGGAUGUUCCUGGCGUCCAUGGCCUUCGUGGCGGCUGCUAUCGUGCAGGUGGAAAUCGAUAAAACUCUUCCAGUCUUCCCCAAAGGAAACGAAGUCCAAAUUAAAGUUUUGAAUAUAGGAAACAGUAAUAUGACUAUAUAUUUUCCUGAGAAGACGGAGACUAUUGGCCAGAUGUCUCAAACAGACGGAUUUUUGACUUUCCAAGCAAACAAACUGGGAAGCAUAAGCAUCUCUUCUACUGGCUCUUCAAACGCUACAGUAGUUCAUGACUUCGAGCAGGGCCAACGCCACACCCUUCUCGUGUGGGCCCCCAAUCAGUACCGAGUGGUAAAUGAUGGCCUUAACCAGAAGCCAGAAAAAGGAGAAAAUGGAAUCAGAUUUGUAAAUGCUUUUAAUGAUGUCAUCAGCCUCACAUCAUCGGGGAAGGUUUAUGAAAAUGUCACCAGAAACAAUGCCAGUGAAUAUCAGUUUUUCUCAUCAGGCAAAAAAAAUUUCACAUUCAGCGCAGCAGAUAUUUCACAGCACUGUAAACUUAGUUUCGAGACUACGAAACUGGAGUAUGGGAGUGCUUACACCUAUGUGAUCCAGAGGACGAACGACUGCCCUGAAUUUAAGGAAUUCGAAGAUAUUUCACCUAACACAGUGAACAUGGCCCUGCAAAUCCCACAGUAUUUCCUCCUCACCUGCGGCGAGGUGGUCUUCUCCAUCACAGGGCUGGAGUUCUCAUACUCUCAGGCUCCCUCCAACAUGAAAUCGGUGCUCCAGGCCGGAUGGCUGUUGACCGUGGCCUUUGGCAACAUCAUCGUGCUUAUUGUGGCAGGGGCAGCCCGGUUCAAUGAGCAGUGGGCCGAGUACGUUCUGUUUGCUGCGUUGCUUCUGGUCGUGUGCAUCAUCUUCGCCAUCAUGGCUCAGUUCUACACGUACGUCAACCCGGCAGAGAUUGAAGCUCAGUUCGAUGAGGAGGAAAGGAAAAAGUACCUGGAAAACAGGAACCCGUAUUCCAUGGAGCCUGACUCACAGACAAAGAUGUGAAGCUCAGGAAGCCGACUGAGGGUGGGCUGGCCCCAGCACGUGCCCUGACCUCUAUCCCCAGGUGGCAGGACACGCCAUUGGAAUCCCCUGGUGGGGAAGACCUUUAAUUUGUAAACCAAACCAAGACAACUGUUUUCUGAGCAGCCAGCAAUGAAUCUAAAAGGCUGAAAGAAGUUGUUUUUGUUUUUUUGGGUUUUUUUUAAGUCUUAUUUAAAACAUGCAAACAUCCUUUUACAG